UGCUGUCAGUCCAUGAGUAAUGUUGCGUGGUGAUGUUUCUUUUUAUGUUUUUAUUUUCGUGAACAUCAAAAGCUUACAUUUCAUUGUAUGAUUUUGUGUAAUUUAAUUAACCCUGAGUUGUUUUAAGUAGUGAAUUAUGAAUUAGUUAUCAAAAUAAUAAUUUGAAUGUAGGUGAAUAGUUAUUGUGUUUUGUUAUUUGAACAUGAAGGUGGACGUUGUUUGGAGGCGUCGCGGAGCUGCACAACUAGCAGCUUGCCUGGUGGUCUUGGUGGCGUGUGCUGGGUCAUCACCGGGCGCUCACGCCGCCGGCCCGCUGGGCCCCUCCGAACGGCCGGAGGCCUACUUCAACGGCACCGCCUACAUUCGGCUGUCCAGGCCCAUAUCACUCAAGCAACUCGUUGGACUCAGUUUUCGGACAUGUGUAGGAGGCGAGUUAUUCUCGCAGCGGUUCGAGGGGUACACGCUGCACGUGACGGCGCUGUUCGAGCAGGUGGUGGUCUCGUGGGCCCGGCCCUCGCACCUCCACCGCAAGGUGGGCCUGGCCAAGGAGACGCUCGACAACCGCUGGCACUGGGUCGGACUGCGCUACAACUCCGACCCCCCCUCACUGCUGCUGGAAGUCGAUAAGGAUACACAGAUAAUAUCGAACGUGACGUGGAACCCGGAGCUGCUGUCGCCGGGGCUGCUGGAGGCGGGCGGCGCCACGCUGCUGGUGGGCAACCUGUUCAGCGGCUGCAUCCACGAGGGCCCGCAGCUCGAGUUCUUCGCCGCCACCACGCAGCACCGCAACGCCUUGUUCGAGCACUGCCCCCUCACCACUGACGACUGUAUUGACAGAAAGGAUGUGUUGCGCAUCCAGCCUAAGGACUACUGCUACAACGAGCCCUGCAUGCGACACGGCACCUGCAUAUCUCGACAUGACAGAUACGAGUGCCACUGCACGGCACGCUACACAGGCAACAACUGCGAGGUGGACGCGGGGGACCCGUGCGAGCCGGGCCCCUGCCAGAACGGGGGCCGCUGCGUCGAGGACACGCGCGGCGACUACACCUGCGACUGCCCUGCCAACUACCAUGGCACAUACUGCGAGCUGGAAGUGUCGCUGGACCCGCAGUGCGUGGCCGGCCCCUGCCGCAACAACGGCAGCUGCAGCGUGCCGCCCGGCGCCGACUCCUACGUCUGUGACUGUCCGCCAGGCUACACGGGCCGCAACUGCGAGACGGACAUAGACGAGUGCGCGACGUCGCCCAGCGCCUGCCUCAACGGCGGCGUGUGCCAGGACGCCGUCAACAACUUCACGUGCGACUGCACCGGCACCGGGUACACGGGCGCGCGCUGCGAGCUGAACGUGAACGAGUGCGAGGAGCGCGGCGUGUGCGGGCACGGCGUGUGCUACGACACGUACGGCGGCUUCGUGUGCGCGUGCCAGCUGGGCUACGCGGGCGCGCGCUGCGGCGACGUGUCGGCGUGCGCGUCGGGCCCGUGCGGCGCGGGCGGCGCGUGCGUGGAGGAGGCGGGCGGCGCGGGCUUCCGCUGCGUGUGUGCGCGCGGCUACCUGCCGCCCUACUGCGCGCCCGCCGCGCCCGCCGCCUCCUGCCAGGACAUCGUGUGUCCGCCGCACUCGCACUGUAUACCAAACAUGAUGGUAACCGGAGUCAUAGCCAAGCAAGUGAUGUGCGUGUGCGACGUCGGGUACUACGGCGCGCCGGGCGUGUCGCCCAACUGCAGCAGCCUGGAGGCGGUGUGCGAGGCGGGCGCCUGCCUCAACGGCGCCACGUGCUCGCUGGCCGCCGACCACUUCAACUGCUCCUGCGCGCCCGGAUACAAAGGCGUGUACUGCGAGCAGGCGGUCGGCAAGGCGCUGUCGGACCUGAAGGCGGCGGAGCGCUGCGCCAGCGGGCCCUGUCUGCACGCCAAGUCCUGCCAGGAGCUCCCGAGCGGGUUCCGCUGCGAGUGCGAGGCGGGCUGGGGCGGCUUGCGCUGCGACGCGCCCGAGCCGUGCCCGCGCGGCUGCGCUAACGGCGGCGCGUGCCGCGACGGCGCCUGCGCCUGCCGCCCCGGCUGGGCCGGCGCCGCCUGCGAGCUGGCGGCCGACUGCCGCGCCGCGCCCUGCGCGCCCAACUACGAGUGCGUGGAGAGCGCCGCCGCCUGGCGCUGCGCCCCCGCCGCGCAGGACUCCGCCUGCGCCUCCUCGCCCUGCCACAACGGCACCUGCCUGGCGCUCGACAACGGCCUCUUCCGCUGCCAGUGCCUGCCCGGCCAGACCGGUCGAUUUUGCGAUAUGGACAUAGACGAAUGUGCAAUAAUGCCGAAAAUAUGUAACCACGGAGUGUGCUUCAACGUUCCCGGAUCGUACGAGUGCUACUGCAGGCCCGGCUAUACGGGCGACAGCUGCGAACAGGACAUUGACGAGUGCCUAUCAUCACCCUGUAAGAACGGCGGAACCUGCCAGAACCUCGAAAAUAACUACGAGUGCACCUGCAAGGAAGGAUUCGAAGGCAAGGACUGUUCGACGAACAUAAACGAGUGCGAGGCGAACCCGUGCGCGGCGGGGUCCACGUGCCUGGACGGCAUCGCCAGCUACUCGUGCGUGUGCCAGGAGGGGCUGACGGGGCCCACCUGCGAGAUCGACAUCGACGACUGCGAGUCGCAGCCGUGCCAGCACGGCGGGCGCUGCGUGGACGGCGUGAACAGCUUCGCGUGCGAGUGCGGCGGCACGGGCUACACGGGCGACGACUGCUCCAGCAACAUCGACGAGUGCGCGCCGCAGCCCUGCCGCCACGGCGGCACCUGCGUCGACGACGUCAACGACUACCACUGCAACUGCUACGCCGCCUACACCGGCAAGAACUGCGAGAUCGACAUCAGCGAGUGCGAGAGCUCGCCGUGCAAGUUCGGCGGCGUGUGCCUGGAGCGGUCCAACGCGUCGCUGUACCGCGCCGCCGACGCGCCGCGCCUGCAGGUGGGCCCGCAGCCGCAGAUGCUGCUGCCCGCCGCCUUCUACCAGCCCUUCUCCCUCGACACGGCUGCCGGAUACGAGUGCGUGUGCGUGUCGGGCACGGCGGGCCCGCGCUGCGAGACCAACAUCGACGAGUGCGCCCCCGCGCCCUGCGAGGCCGGCAAGUGCGUCGACCUCAUCGGCUCCUACAAGUGCGAGUGCUUCGCCGGCUACGAGGGCGAGCACUGCGAGAUCGAGAUCGACGAGUGCCAGAGGUACGCGCCGUGCGCGCACGGCAAGUGCUACGACGGGCGCGCGGCCUACUACUGCCUGUGCGAGCGCGGCUGGGGCGGCCAGAACUGCUCCGUGGUGCUGCGGGGCUGCGCCGCCGCGCCCUGCCGCAACAACGGCACGUGCCACCCCUGGCUGCGCGACGAGACCGAGCACCGCUUCAACUGCUCCUGCACGCCCGGCCACUACGGCACCACCUGCGAGAAGAUCACGACGAUGUCGCUGGAGAAGAGCAGCUACGCGGAGGUGAACACGACGCGCGAGGAGGGCUACGACAUCUCGUUCCGCUUCAAGACCACGCUGGGCAACGGCCUGCUGGCCAUGGGCCGGGGACUCACGUACUUCUUCCUGGAGCUCUCCAACGGCCGCCUCAACCUGCACUCCAGCCUGCUCAACAAGUGGGAGGGAGUCUUCAUCGGAUCCAACUUGAAUGACAGCCAUUGGCAAAAGGUGUUCGUGACGAUCAACUCGUCGCACCUGGUGCUGGCGGCGAACGAGGAGCAGACCAUCUACCCCAUCAGCCAGAACGAGGCGUACAACUCGUCCGUGACGUCGUUCCCGUCCACGCGGCUCGGCACCUACGGCUCGUCCUACGCCACGCUCACGCACGGACCCAACUUCUUCGUCGGCUGCUUCCAGGACGUCGUCGUCAACGGACAGUGGGUGCUGCCGGAGGAGGCGCACGCGGGCGCGGAGACGACGACGGAGGCGGCGGCGGGCGGCGCGGAGGGCUCGGGCCCGCGGGCGCGCGCGCUGCUGCACGGCGUGCUGGCGCAGUGCCCGCGCGUGCCGCAGUGCGCGCCCAACCCCUGCCGCUCCGGCGGCGCCUGCCUCGACGCCUGGACGUCCUUCGUGUGCACGUGCCCGCGCCCGCACCUCGGCGACACCUGCCAGUACAACUACACGGCGGCCACGUUCGGGCAGGAGGCGGCGGCGCGGCGCGCGGUGGUGCGCGUGCUGGUGGCGGAGGCGGCGCGGCGCGGCGUGCGGGCGGCGCUCGACAUCUCCAUGUUCAUCCGCACGCGCAAGCCCACCGGACACAUCUUCUACCUCGGCUCGCGCGCCAGGUUCGGUCAAACGGACGAGACGCAAGUGGGCGCAUCGCUGGAAGGCGGGGAGCUGCUGCUGCACCUGCGCUUCAACCAGACGCCGGAGAACUACACGGUGGGCGGCACGCGCCUCGACAACGGCUACCUGCACCUCAUCGAGGUGGUGCGCAACUCCACGCUGGUGCAGGUCAAGCUCAACGGCACCGAGUACUUCCGCAAGUCCAUAUCGGCCGCCAAGCAGAUUGACGCACAGGUGCUGUACUUGGGUGGACCACCGCCACCAUUGGUGGACAGCAGCACUGAAGUGCCGUCCCCGGUGCCGGUAGCGGCGGCGCAGGCGCAGAUGCCCCCCGCGUCGCAGCUGCCCGCGUCCCCCGCCGCCGCCAGCCCCACGGCCCCCGCGGUGUCGCCGGCGCCCGCGCUGCCGCUGUCCACGCCGGCCCCCGCGCCGCCCACCCCCGCGCCGCCCGCCGCCGCCGAGCCCGACGACAGCGCCUACUUCAAGGGCGUCAUACAGGACGUGCAGAUCUCGAACGGCGUGAACGUGUCCAUCGUGGAGUUCUUCCCGCUGAACGUGCCGGGGCUGCAGCUGCCGCCCGCCUUCGGCGAGGUGUGGCUGGACCCCGCCGGCGUGCUGCCCGGCGUCGUGUCCGACGACCUCUGCGCCGAGCGGCCCUGUCUGCACAACGCCACCUGCACCAACACAUGGAACGACUACAUAUGUCAGUGUCCUCGCGGGUACAAAGGCAAGCAGUGCUCGGAGGUGGAGUUCUGUCAGCUGCAGGGCUGUCCGCUCAACUCGCACUGUCGCAACCUCGAUGCUGGGUACGAGUGCGUGUCGAACGCGACGUUCGACGGCGUGAACACGACGCUGACGUACAAGCUGCGGGUGCCGCGCACCGGCAACAUCGCGGCGGAGUCGGAGGCGGAGCUGCCCGACUCGCUGACCAUCACGUACCGCAGCAAGUCGGGCGGCACGCUGUUCCACGCGGAGCACGCGGGCUCGUGGUUCACGGUGGGCGUGUUCCGCGGCCAGGUGGCCGUGCAGUGGCGCGUGGGCGGCGCCGGGCUGCCCGCGCUGCGCCGCCUGCGCGCCGCCGGCCACGCCGCCUGGACGUCGCUGCGCCUGUCGCUGGCCGGCAACACGCUGCGCGGCGCCUUCCUGGAGCCCGCCGGCCACGAGGAGCUGGCGCUGGCCGCCGCCAUCGACACGCGCGCGUGGCAGCGCCUCGUCAUGGAGGGCACCAUCACGCUGGGCGGCCUGCGCCCCGGCGCCGCCGCCGCCACCACACUGCCGCCCUCGCUGCCUACCACUAUGAGUGAAAGUUCAACGGAUCCGAACGUGUGGGAAUACUCGGAAGGCGAAGAAGUGACUGGCGACAAUUUAGCCGGAGAAUACUUCAAGGGCUGCAUGGGCGCGGUGCACGUGGGCGGGCUGCUGCUGCCGUUCUUCACGGAGGAGGAGCUGUUCGUGGGCGCCACGGCGGCGCUGCUGGCCGCGCAGCCGCACUACGCGCUCAUGUCGGGGCGGCCGUGGGGCUCGGCGGCGGGCGUGGGCUGCGUGCUGUGCUUGGAGCGGGACUGCGCUAACGGCGGACACUGCGCCGACGUCAGGUCCUCCUACUCCUGCGCCUGUCCCGCCGGGUACACUGGAGACUACUGCCAGAUUGACGUGGACGAAUGUGCAUCGCAUCAGUGUCAGAACGGCGCCACGUGUAAGGACGGCAUCGCGGAGUAUACCUGCAUCUGUCCCGAGGGCUUCGAGGGAGACUUGUGCGAGCGCGACAUCGACGAGUGCCUGUCGUCGCCGUGCCAGCACGGCGGCACGUGCACGGACGGCGCGGGCGGGUUCCGCUGCGCGUGCGCGGGCGCGUGGCGGGGCCCCACGUGCGCCGCGCCGCGCCGCCGCGCCUGCGCGCACCGGCCCUGCGCGCCCGCCGCCGCCGCCUGCCUGGACACGCCGCCCGAUCCCCCGACGGGCAACAACUUCACGUGCGUGUGCAACGAGGGCUUCGAAGGCGUGUACUGCGAGUACGCCUUCUGCGAGCUCACGCCCUGUCUGCACGGGCACUGCGUCAACGAUACCAAGUCGGCGCGGUGCGUGUGCGCGGCGGGCUACAGCGGGCGGCGCUGCGAGGCGGAGCGCGACGAGUGCGCGGAGGCGGGCGGCGCCGCCGCCUGUCUGCACGCCGGCCGCUGCCUCGACGCCACCGGCGACUACCUGUGCGACUGCAGCGGCACCGGAUGGACGGGCGCGCGCUGCGAGGUGGACGUGGACGAGUGCGCGGCCGGGCUCGUGAGCUGCGGGCCCGGGGACUGCCUCAACCUGAACGGCUCCUACACAUGUCUGUGUGCGCCUGGAUUCUGCGGCAACGAGUGCUCGCUGCAGGACCCGUGCUUCGCGCUGGGCGAGGGCAACGGCACGGGCCCCUGCCUGCACGGCGGCACGUGCGAGCAGCGCUGCGCCGCGCACACUGACUACGUGUGCCACUGCGUGGACGGCUGGGGCGGACACAACUGCUCGCAGCAGGUGGUGGCGUCGGGGUCGGGCGCGGGCGACACGUCGGCGACGGUGCUGAUCGCGGUGGGCGCGGCGCUGCUGGCGCUGGCGCUGGCGGGCGGCGCGCUGGGGGCGCUGGGGGCGCAGGCGCGGCGCAAGCGAGCCACGCGCGGCACGUACUCGCCGUCGGGGCAGGAGUACUGCAACCCGCGCGCCGAGAUGAUGCAGCACGCGCUCAAGCCGCCGCCCGAGGAGCGCCUCAUCUAGCCGUUGUGACAUUUAAGAAAACAUGAAAAUCGAACAAAAAUAUUAGAAAUACAAGAAGAAAGUUGACACGAACCUCGUCGCAUAUCAACCAAAUGACUGUUGUGUGCGUGUGCGUGUGAAUGAAGAUUUGUGUGUGUGUGUGUGUGUGUCGAGUGUUCUAGUUUGUACCUGUACGUUUUAUACAUUUGAACAGUGUGAGUGUGUGCGUGACAUAACUAAUAAUUAGCUUUAAGAAGUGUGGCGCCACAGAGCGCCGCCACCCUGUACUUAACUUUACCACGCAGACGAAUUAUAUAGUGAGUGUAGUGGUGACGCCAUGUCGCGUCAGGUCAACUCGUGCGCAGGCCGUGGCUGCAGUUUGUACGGGUUUAUUACUUCAUAGGCUUUUGAUAUAGAUAUUAAAUAACUCGGUGCACUUGUUGAUCUCACACGACGUGCCGGCGCGGGCAACCGCCCCUAGUUCACACAGUGUACAUUUUUUAUAAAAAUGACAAAUUUUAUAAAUAAAUACAGACUUGAGUACUUAUAUCUAGGCUAAGAACGCGACUAUUUUGAUAUGAAGUUAUUUAAUGCAAUGUCUGACUCUGUAUAGGGGCGACUUAUAUUGAGAUGUAUGUAAACACUAUACUUGACAAUACUGUGCCUGACUUUGAAGAACUUCGAAUUUUUAUCGUAACGUGUAUUCUAUUGUAUUUGGAAACAAUCAUGGUAACUAGCAUUGUAUUUUUGAAACAUGUAAUAUUAGAUGUAUUUCUGUAAUAAUAAAAUAAAUUAGCGAUAGGAUAAUAAAUGAAUUGUAGGAAUCUGUUGACUGUCCGACUGCUGACACGUCCGUGUACCGUAUUCAUGAUGAAUUCGAAUACAAAUAUUUAUUAUCUAGUAGUAGUCAGUAAGCGUAACUGUUCGCCGCUGAGAGGUCCGCGACGCCGCGCCACAUUCCGGGUGCGCGUGGGUUUUGAUAGCUCUUGUUCGGAUAUGCUGUUUGAACUUUUUACAUAAAUGUGAUAAAACAACUACUUAUUAGCGUUUGCUCAAGCGUUAUUGCGAUAUUUAUAAAUAAAAUAUACAAAGCGGCGUAAUAUUUAGAAGCUGUCAAAACGUAACGUGUUAUAGAUUUAAUAAGAUGAUCGGUGUAGCGAAGACCUCAGCGGCGCAAUUUUAUUUAACUGUGACAAGUAGAGCGAGCGGUGUGCAUAUGCAACGUUAAAUAUAUUAAUGAUGGUAUUUAGAACUGUCAUCUUGACCAAUGAAUUGAGCGUACCAUUAGUAUUUAUACAAUUUGAACAAAAUUCUAACGAUGAGUCACCAACUGCAUUGUUUUCAGUGAUUCCAGUUGUGUGCAAAUCGCUCGCGUUUAUCUGAGUUUAUUUAGUAUAAGGAUUAGACGUAGGUAAGUGGUAUUGAAAGCGUGCAAGAUUCUAAAUUACAUGAUAGUGAAGACGCCACUCGUCCGCCUAGGGCCGCGCACUCGGCCGCGCCUAGUGUACACUCUAGUUAGCCACAUGUGCGCCACACGUGCGCCACGCCACAGAGGUAGCUCUUGAUUAGGUGGACAGUAGCACACAAGUAUAUAGGUUAAUGUAUUUCGAUAUGUAAAUAUGUAAGGUUGAGUAGAUAGGGCGCGUCCCGAGUGCGGCAGGCUGCGGCGAGCCGUCCGUGCCUUAACCACAAGUCUGUAUAUUAUGUACCGUAUACACGAGUGACGCUGUCACCGCUAGGCUAGGCGUAUACUGUAGCUGUAGGCGACAAGUACAUGUACGUAGCGGCACACGAGCCCCCCUGUGCUUACUCAGUGCUCAACUAGCUGCUCGACAGCGAUAUUUCUUUAUAUUUUGAUUUCGUUGCCUUGUUUAUAAGAUUUUUAACAAAUUAUUAUUUGUAACUUAAUAUUCCAUUUUUGUGAUAAUUCUUUUGAUUUUAUUGUUGCAUCGCUUUAUGUAUUAUAUUCUUGUUUUGUUCGUAACAGUAAAGAAGUGUUCCAAAUCAGUAUUUAUAGAUUUCGGCCGUCCGUUAAUUAUAAUCAAUUUAUUGUAUAGUAAGUGUUCUGUACCCAUAUAUGAACUAUUGUACAUUUUGUAUUGUUCGAAGUACACUCAAGUUUCUAAAAUAAGUGACUGCAGAGUGAAUAUAAAGGUACCGUAACAGAUAAAUGUAAGUAGAUUUUAAAUUGAAUCAAUGUAACUAUUCCUCUUAGUAAAUACUAAAUCAGCGUAUGUCGACUCUACUCACUGUAGCGUGAGAACGAUCCGUUCCACGCGCCGCCCUAGUGUACAGCACCCGAGCCUUUUGGCCUUACUCAAUAAACAAAUAUUAUAUGACA